GUGAUUCACGUCACUUGGGUCUAAUAACUCCGUUUAUAUAAACCGUUACAGACAUCGCACACCGAGAGAGAGAUAAUAAAGAGAGAAGCAAAAAAGAAUUUUUAUAGAAAGAAAGGAAAAAUCAGAAAAGGAGAGAAAAAUUAAAAAAGUCUCUCUUUUCUCUUUUUCUUCUUCGUCUCCCAUAUUCUCCGAUCAAAAAUAUAUUUCUCUCUCACUUUCCUUGGUUUUCUCGGCGGCUUCUUCUUCUCCUAUUUCUCCCUCAAAUCGUUUUCUCCAGUUUUCUUGGGAUAAAUCUUCCUCCUUUCUGCAGACGCCAUGUCGGACAAAGGUCGUCCCUUGCCAAAAUUUGGUGAAUGGGAUGUGAAUGAUCCAGCAUCAGCAGAAGGUUUUACAGUGAUAUUCAACAAAGCUAGGGAUGAGAAAAAGACCGGUGGCAAACCGGGAUCACCCGGUAAAUCCAGUGAGGGUCAUGUUAAAUCUGGAGGAGGAGAUCCUAGUAAACCUCAGCCUAAAAAAUGGCUCUGCUGCAUGCAAGCUCCAGCUGUGGACUCUUGACAGACACAAAGAUGGAUUUGCUUGCUGCUAAAAAAAAAGUCACAGUGCUUACACAUCUAAAAGCAAUGGUUCUUUUUAUGUUUUAUUGUCGUCUUUCUUGAAAUUACCCACACACACAAAAAAAAAAGGUUCCUAAGAUGAUUUGGAGCUCACCCACCUUUAGUAUCACGAUUAUGAUUCCUUCUUCUUUGAAGUUGUUUCUUCUUCUUAAAAUGCUGUAAAAUCGUGUCUCCAUUUUAUUGGAAAAAAAAAAGGAAGAAAAACGAAAAAAAACACAGUUACUGUGUCUAUAUGUAAUGAUUCUCUUGGGGUCUUUUUGUUUUUUGAUUUUAUGGUGUCUUUUUCCUUGAUUUUUUAAAUUAUAUUAUCUUGGGCUCCUUUUUAAUAUUUUCCUCCUUAGUAAAUCAAACAAGUUUCAUUAAUGAAAACGAACAAGAACUUGAUAUAUCA